AUGCCUUCUUUCAUUGAGGCCAUUGAAAAUGGUCUUCUACCUGGCGACCUAAGAGAUAGGUUGAAUCAUGCCAUCAAAAUCUGGCCUGGAGAUCCUCGAUCAGCCAUUGAUUGGUUCCUCGAGGGAGGAAAUGUACCGACGAACACCAUUGCCACCAUGACCUUCGUAAGAUCGCUCUUGUUUUACUUCGACGACGAGGAGUACGUUUGUGGUCAACUUCUGACACUCUUGAGCUCCUAUACUCUUGAAGGCCUGGUUUCAUUGCUUUUCCCUCGCAAUCUGUUGGAUCAAAAAGUGACAGCAACGCCAGCCAACUUUCCAUACAAUUGGACAACCACCAAUCUGACAAUUACCAAAUUGGAAGAAGUACGCGCUGAAUUCCUCGACAAUCACUCACUUAUCGUGUUGCUUAUUCUGUUGAGAGAGGGCAAGUUCUCCAUCGAAGAGCGCCCUCGACAAAUUGCCGAUUGCAUUCUGACCGCGAUGAUCGGUGAUGAGCUUGAAAUCGGAUCGCCAGAGCUUUUAGCCUUUGUAAAGAAAGCCUUUCCAGACUUGAAAGACGCAGAAUUUUCAGCCGCAAUUGAAUUCAUCAAGACUUUGAAAACCUUCUCGAGUCUAGUUGAAGAUCCUGAGGACGUAGUGCAUCUCUAUAACUCCAACUACCAUUCUGUGCGAAGCAUCACAGCCCAAUCAAAGAGCAACUUUAAAAAUACUUUGGUCACAGCUGGUACCAGUGUCGAGAGUUCACUCAAGAUAUAUGACUUCGCAGAACGUGUCGAUUGCUGGAACGAGCAACUCUGGCUACAUUUGAUGAAUUCCCGUAGAGCAGAUUCAGUCAUGAUUGACCCUUAUUUUGAAGGGGAGAUCACAAAUGUACCAAGUGAUGAAAGUUGGAUGGGCAAAUCCCAUAACAAUCUCACCGAUAUCUUCCGGCUCGAAGAUACGAGUUGUGAGGAAUGCUGUUCUAUCACAUCCCUGUCCGCGUAUUUCGCCGAUCUUCUGAGCCUGCUCAGUAACACGACGCCGACGGGCUCAAACCCAAAAUAUGAUGACCCGCCAGGCACUCGGAAUAGUCUGUUGAAUAUCCUGUCACAACGGCGUCCAGACCUUAGGAACCUUGAACUUACCUGUGCAAAUUCGCAGACUUUGAUUCCGUACAUCAGUCUUGUGAAUGAGGUGCUUGAAUCUUUCAUCCGCCAUAAGUGUCUUGGUUCGCCAGAUUCUAUUCGAGUAUUCAAUACUCCUAUUGAUGCCCAAGACAAUGAGCAUUCUCCUACACCACUCAAUUUGCCAGGGAACACAGACUACGAGGUCUAUUCUAAGAUCAUCUCAAAGCAGAGAUUCCCCUUUACCUGCUUUCCAUACGACCAGGCGCGUAACAUGGUACUCUCUUACUUCGACAUUUUCCAAGUAGCCCAUUUUGACUUCGUUGAGAAAUUUCAAGCACCAGAGACUAUGCUGCAAACAAUAACAGCAACAACUACAGAUGAAGUGAAGAGAUCGCUGAACUCGGGAGCGAAAGAAGUCUUGGAGAGGCAAAGAGCUGCAGAAGCACUAGGCCUGCACCAGAUGGAAUUUGCAGCUAUUACCGGAGAAAGUUUCUACCCACAAUCCUUCAGUGACCUCGUCAAAGGUCUUUCAAGUAACAGCAUUAUUGAUACGAGAAUACAGGAGCAUGAGUUCUGCCAGAUGUGGGGUUAUGAGGAUGAUGAAACCAUGCUAAGCGCCGCAAAGGGCUUAAAACAGAUCAAAAGUCAAUUGAUGCAGAGGUCCGGGCUGGAGUUUCAAGAUGUCCUCGACCUUGUAAAGACCCAGCUUUUCGACCAACAGCUGGUUAUUACCAAUGAAGCUGGGUCUAACGAAUUCACCGAGUCACUUGCAGAGCUUCGACUGCUAUCAAAUGCAUCGAGUCCACCGUUCCAGCCUCUUACUUCAAGCAUAUGCCGAAACAUUCAAUCAUUCUUACGUCUCAAGGCCAGGAUUGGGUGGUCAACCAAAGUACUCGAUGCUGCUAUCCACUGCUUACGCAACAGGGAAAUGGAGAAUUCGCCAUCUUUCAGAUCGAACACUGUAUCCCAAGUCGCUUCGAUUUCCGUAUACAUUAUUAAAGGAAUUGCCUCCAUUGUAAAGCUGAGUGACCUAUGCGGAUUAGAACCUGCUGCUCUUAUUCCCCUAUGGGGUCUCAUCGAUUCAUUUGGCGACGAAUCUCUCCUUCAUCGCAAAUUCCUCAGCCCUUCUCUAGGAGAAAUAUUCGCAGUUCCCAAAGACUGUGCAUACUUCCAACCCAAAGGGAAAGCAAUUAAAAUUCAAGAGUGCGGUGCGAGCAUUUGUGCAAGCCUCAACUGGCGUUUUGAGUACUUUAAUGAUCUACUCGAAGCCACAAAUCUUGCAAAUGAUGACCUGAACAUCGAGAACUUUUCUAUCUUGUAUCGAUAUGUGACCAUAUGUCGAAUGCUUUCUGUCCCUCCUAAAGAAUGUGUGCCAUUCUUCAAGAUCUUCUUUGACAAGGAAGAUCCCUUGACAAAUCCCAAUAAGACGCUUGCUACUAUUACGAAUUGGACAACGUUACUGAACUCAGGCUGGACUAUUGAAACACUUGUACUAGCUCUUGGGAAAUCGACGAGUGGUGAAAGCAGUAUUACUGGAGGAAAUCCCGGACAAAAACUUGCGAGUGCGAUACUAGAUGGGACUAAAGACUUGAGAAAAUCACUUUCAUCACUUUUUAAUGGAGCCAUGCCCACUCAUGAAACUAUCGUCGAAUGUGCGGGACGUGCCUUUGACUCGAUUACGGCCACAAAUGUUACAGAACCUUAUGAAUAUAUCCAAAACUGGCCAACUAAGAUUUCUGUAAUCCCUUCCUCAACAGCUAUUUCGUGGUCUGUCCAACUCAAACUCACAGGCAUAUUGACGACGAAAGAAAAGCAAAAGAUCAUAGAUGAAUCUGCAGGACAUCCUAACGUGAAGACCGCACUACAAAAUCUCGUUGAGAACUCUCUCUUUCCUCAAGCUGUCAUCAAGUCCCGUUUCCAGAGCAACAUAAACGGGCUCAAAGAUGAUAUCCUUUUGCAAGACUGGGCCCCAUCCCAGCUCUCCGUCAAUCCAAUCCCCUCUGUGAAUGACAUUUUGAUUGAGACAGAGUCACAAGUACAAGCACGACGAACUGCCUUUGUCAAAAUGGCGAAACCUGUGAUUGUUCAAGACACUCUCACAACAUCUAUCCUCAAUACCAUGAAAGAUCUUGUGGAAGGUGUUGAUAUAACAGUUCUUUCAACUCUUCUCACAGAAACUGUGAAGGUAUCAACAAACGAUGACAGUGCACCCGAAUCAGCUAUGGCAGCUCUCAAACAGCUCAGCGAACCAGUUGAGAUCAUGACUGAGGCGGAGACGCUAGAUGCAUACUUCACACCCACGACAACAGAUGAUUUCAAUCUGCACUAUACUGGUGCGUUGAAUAACCCUAUCAGUUUAAUGAUAAAUGGGAUCGAGGUGCCGUUUGAUACCGACUCGAAAACGUGGAACGCAUUUCGCAUGAAUGCCAGACAGCCAUAUCUUCUACAGAGUAGCAUUCGUCCAACCCAAAUCUCAUGGUCAACAUGCAGAUCAAUGACGACACCCUUCACUGAUGAAGAGCUCCAGUCAUCAACAUCUAUCCAGCGGGCAGCAUCGAUUUUGGAGGCUAUCCAAAGAGCAGUGUGCAUUUGCCAAACUGUGAAACUCACGACAUCAGAGCUCGAAUAUAUCAACAGAACGGGAAAAACAGAAGAUGAGAUGCUGUCAAUGAAUCUUAAUACACCAUCUCUAAUAAACUUGGUGCAGCUCCAAGAGUACCGCGAGCUGAGGGAUAAUAUAAUGAUCGCGGAUAGUGGCCUAAUCAGCCUUUUCUCGUGGCUAUACAACCCUAAAAAUCCAGAUAUGAAGACAAUUGCAACCAAAAUUGCAGCAAGCACUGGUUGGAAAGACACGUUGGUAGAAAGCGUCCUCAAUGCAAAAUACCCAAGCCAUACUCCUGCGGAUCUUGUAGCAGUUUUGCGCAAUCACGAUGCCUUUAUCAACCUUAGAGCCAUCCUUGCUCUCUACGAGGGUUUGGGUAGCGCAUCUGAUGUUACCUCCAAGCCUCUUAUGACAGAAUUGUUUUACCUUGCAAAACCUCUAUCACAGCUCAACAGUGGAGAUACAUAUAUGGAAGCCGCCAAGAAUUUGCAAAAAAGAUUGACACCUUCACAACGAGAAGCAUCAGAUGAAGGGUUAAUGGAGAGCCAGCGCAAGACACUCGUAGCUUAUCUUCUGCAACAAAAGUUCAUCACCCAAGACCUUGGCAUAUGGGAUGCAGAUGGGCUAUUUGAGUAUUUCUUAGUCGAUGUACAGAUGGGGCCACAAAUUCGAACUUCGCGCAUAAAGACAGCCAUCUCGGUCGUGCAAAUGUUUGUUCAACGAUGUCUUCUCGGAAUGGAAGAAGGAGUUUCGAAGUCAGUUCUGGGGCAUGAAAAAUGGGACUGGCUACAACAGUACACUCUCUGGGAGGUGCAUAGGAAGAUAUUUUUGUAUCCUGAGAACUGGAUUGAUCCAUCACUCCGAGAUGACAAAUCUGAGCUUUUCGACCAGUUUGAGGCCACCUUAAUGCAGAAAGACUUAAGCAUCAAGACGUUUCUUCAAGCUAUUCAGAGUUAUUUGUAUGAUCUAGAUGGAAUUUCGAGUCUCGAUAUAGUCGCGUAUGUUCAUGAACCGCAACCAGCAGCAUCGGACACUUUUCACUUGUUCGGCCGGACUCGCAGUGGGCCGUAUACCUUCUACUACCGUACCCUGACGAGAUUGAGGACUGCUGAGGUAUUUUGGCAACCAUGGUCCAAGGUCGAGGUCGACAUUGCGUCAAUUGAGACGGAAUGGGAGGGCCAAAGACUCGUGGAUACAGGUAGUUAUCUGCUUCCAAUAAUGAUCAAGGAACAUCUCAAGCAUGUCCAAUGUAAAAACUUUGACGCUCUGCGCGAUCAAAAUCCAAACAUAGCAGAGCCUGUGCGCAUCUGGGAAAUAACAAUGGCGUGGACAGAGUUCGUCAACGACACUUGGGCACCCAAGAGAGUUUCCUCUGGUAGUCUCAGUGUGGGCCUAGAGGCAUCCUCAUCCCAAAUCCGGGUCGAUCCCACAUUACAAGACAAUACUUUGACACUUAAGGUCAGCUAUGGUGAGGCUGAAAAAACCACUUCCAAGGCCAUUGGUUCAUUCAUAUUCUGCAAUGACCAAAUAAGCACAUCAAACACCGUAGCAACCUCUACUCAGGCGGGUUCGUUUGCAACAUACUUUCAAAAAGCAUUGAAACAAGGAAUGGAUCUCGAAUCACUCCCCGGAGGUUCCAAAUAUACUAAUUCCGCACCUCUGAUUUGGGUGCCACCUGAGCUGGAGAGUACCAAUGGGGCUUCAGAUGUCUCCUGGACUUUGUCAAAGUUACCACAGAGGGUGACAGGACUAGUUGUCAGCGCAAAAGUUAGUGAGGGCAGAAGAGCAAGUUUCUUCAAUAUACCAAAAAUGGAGCUUCUCAGUUCGACAUGGACCAAAGACGUCAUCAAGAACAAUACGGAACUUGUUUCUAUUGACCACAUAUUUUCGCACGAACUCAUGGAAGCAACCUCUGACCGAAUUGAUCCGCUACGUUGUUUGUAUAACAAAAUAGCACAGCUACCUGCUGGUGCGAUGAGAGAAAGUUUUGGAGCUGGUAGUCAUGAGGCAUGGUAUCAUGAGCUAGGACGUCCCACCGCUAUCUACAAUUGGGAGGUUGGCCUACACACAGUAUUGUUGGCAGUCGAUCGAUUUUCUGCCACCCAGCAAUACGAAGAAGCAUUGGAGGUUGCGAGACUGGUCUUUGAUCCAUCUGCCGAUCUUGAAUUAAACACGGAUGACAAAUUGACCUAUCGAUCAUGCUGGCGAUUUCCUCCGUUCCAAGAAAUGGCCCGACAAAUUGCCAUCCGGGGUGAGACUUCGUUCGAUCCUUUGAACCUUGACCGUUUAAGCAAAGAAAUUCAACUUGCCAUUAAGGAGCGUCGUUCGUAUGGUUCACUUGUGCAUGCCGCAGCUAGGGGAAGACCAAUUAGUUAUAUGAAGUGGAUAGUGAUGAAGUACGCAGAGAUCCUCAUCGCAUUGGGCGAUGUUUAUUUUCGCCGGGCUUCGCUUGAGAGCCUACCGAUAGCUACGCAGCGAUACAUCGAGGCUGCGCGAGUUUUAGGAAAGGAGCCGCCUAAAGUACCGGAUUUGGGGAAAAGAAAAAGAAAGGCAAUGACUUUUGAGCAACUGAGAGAAGAGGAUAUUAUGUAUGACUCUGUUGUAUUCGAUCUGGGCUUGCCUUUCUCGGCCAAAUUGAAGAAAGGUGCGGCCGAAACAGCAGACAGAGAUCCAAAAAAAGAGAACAUCGCUUGUUUCCUUCGAACGAACUAUUUCUGCGCCCCUCUAAAUCCUAAGUUCAAGCAAAUGCGAAGCCUUGUUCAUGAACGCCUUUACAAUCUCCGAAAUUCUUUCGACAUUCAAGGGAAGCCAGUAGUCUACGGCCUUCGUGAACCGCCCAUUGAUCCAGGAGCCUUGAUAAGUCUUAGCAAAGGAGGUAUGGGAGUGUCCGAUAUCCUCAGCAUGGUUUCUGGUGAACGAAACAGCCCACUACCACGGCAGCGUUUCGACGCUCUUCUGAAGCAGGCCUUAGCAUUGUGUGCCGAGGUGCGCAAACUUUCAGGACGCCUUGUAACCGUAGUUGAGAAGAAAGAGAUGGAAACUUUCAACAUCGGUAAUGCUCAGCAUGCUUCAGUCAUACAGAAAAUGAUGCUGGAUAUCAAGAAUGUCGAGCUUGAAGAGGCACAACAAACUGUCGAAUCGCUCUUGAUCAAUCGUAGCUCGCUGGAGGCGCAAUUGAAUUACUACCUCCAGCUCAUCGGCGAGCCAGAUUCCAUGAUCCCAAAACCCAAAGAUGAUUGGGUCGAUAUUCAGCAAAGCAUCGACACCCCCACACAAGACGAACUUCGAAUGUCUUCAUAUGAGAAAGCAGAAAUGACACAAUCCCUCUCUGCUGGUGCCAAGAAUCGCGCGGCCAUAGCCACCGAUGCACUCUCGAUCCCCCUUUAUCUCGUUCCACAAGCAACAACCGACUUUGAACCUCUUGGUGUCGGUGGAUCUAUUUCCUUCGCUGGAAGCGCCAUUGCUGAUUCAGUAGCUGCUGGGUCCACAUUAGCGAGAGGAAUUGCAGCUGUUCUAAUGGACGAAGCCGGUCGAGCAGACAAGAAAGCUAGCCUAACGAUGCAGUUACGGGAGCGAAGACUCGCAGCAAAUAUGAGUGGCCGUGAAAUCAAGUCGAUCGACAAGCAGGUCGAAAUCCAGAAAAUCCAUAUCACUUCAAUCCAGAAGGACAUUGAGAUGCAACAAUCAGAAAUAGAAGAUGCAGCUGGGGCCGAGGAGUGGUACCGUACCAAGUAUAGCAGCGAACAAUUGUAUACAUGGAUGGAGAAAAUAUUCAGAAAUCUUUAUUUCCAGGCUUAUGAACUCUCAAUGACCAUGGCACUUCGAGCGGAGAGCUCGUUCAACUUCGAAGCCGGCAGCAAAAGUUCGAUAAUCAACAAAGGGGGGUAUUGGAAUCCUUCUCAAGAUGGUCUUCUUGCUGCCGAAAGUCUUUAUCUAGACCUGAGGAGACUUGAAAGCGCGCAAUUAGAAUGCACAGCUGCUGAUUAUAACAUCAGUAAGACUGUGUCUCUAAAAGACUUUGACCCCAUGGCGUUGAUGAAACUCAGAAUCACGGGAACAACGGACUUCUCCAUUGGCGAACUCCUUUAUGAUAUGGAUUUCCCUGGUCAUUACAUGCGAAGAAUUCGAUCUAUUAGCGUCUCGGUACCAUCAGACAAGGAGAUUGGAGCUAAUACGAAUGCCAUCUUGACGUUGCUAGAGCACAAGUAUCGCGUUACACAAAACGCAGCUGACUAUGCUGCUUCCCAAUCUGCUACUGGAAGUGAAUCAUUUAGAACUGACCGAAUUCCGAUAACAGCAAUAGCGGUAAGCUCUGGUGCUAAAGACCCCGGAGUGUUUGAGCUUGACUUCUCUGGUCCCCGGUAUAUGCCAUUCGAGGGCGCUGGUGCCAUUUCAGCAUGGCGUCUGGAAUUUCCGGCACCAAUCCGUCAUUUCAAUUAUGAGUCGAUUACUGAUGUGCAACUACACAUACAGUACACUGCUUACGAGGGAGGUCCAACACUGAGAAAGGCGGCAAAAGACGCAGUUGUCCAAGCAGCUCAAUCAAUUGAAGCUCAAGGACAACAUCAAGGAUACUGGGCACUUUGGGACCUCAAGACAGACUUUGCUGCAAAAUGGGCAGAUUUUGAAAACACUCUCCUUACUCCCAACGUGGAAGCUACCCUGGACCUUGGCAAUUUGAAAGACCGUCUGCCUUUCUGGUCACGACACCAAAAAGAACUCCAAGUUCAAUCCUUUACAUUGAUGUCGCGAAAUAAGAAUGUUAGGGACAGAUUGAGUAUAUUGGUGGACCCAAAUUCACCUGCAUACAAUGGAACCGAUGGCAUCUACUCUGGUGAUCUCUAUACCAGACAAUGCGAAAUGACUGAAAAGAACUUGAAGUGGAAACUCAAGGCGAAAGCAGUUCCCCUUGCAUCCGUCGCGAGCGAAAAUAUUUAUCUGUUUGUUCGUUAUAUUUAUGUUGGGAAAAAUAUUUCGUAAUCGGAAAAGUUUACGUUCGCUUCAUGUAGGCCUUUUUCGGUAUAAGCGAUUGAAAGAAUUGCGGUGGCUUUUGAUGGAAAUAAAUUGAGAUGUUGUGUUUUGUAUUUUUCUUUUCCUUUUGACAGUUCUUGAAGUGCAAGGUGAUCGGCACUUACCAUCAUCACAUGACACCACUAGCUAGCUAUUUUGAUGUUAAAUUUAACAUUCAACAAAAGCUCGUCCACUUG